AUGUCUACCAACGCCGCUGUGGGUGCGCCUGCCGGCGACCGCGCGCGCACGCGCAUGCGCACACCCGCCGUCCAGGAGGCCAUGAAGAAGCCCGUCUACACUUUCGAGACUCUUGAAGAGUACGAGAGGAUCUACAGGUCCGGCACCGAGUUCGAGACUUCCCUAGAGCAGGGCGCCAUCGACAAGUUCCACGAGGAUGAGCACGUGUUCCGGACCUGGGUCGUAUGUCGCCUCAAGGACAUGGACGCCCGUCAACAUUGGAUCUAUGCGCUCGAGGUGAACGACAAAGUCGAGGGCUUCCCGAAGCCGGGUGAUCGGUGCAUGAUCGCCAUCAACAACGGAGCCGCCGGCCGGGACCCAGCCUCGCGCGAGUGGUCGGCCGUUCGAAUUGAGAUGCCGGGUGGCCGCCUAAAGGCCUACGCCGUCUUCCGGGUCUCCAUGCCCGUACAUGUCGCAGCCGACAUCAUUCUAAAGCCGAUUAUGGAAACCGACUUCACCACGGCCACGGCAAUCCCAAACUUCCUCUCCAGUAACAUGACGUACUCGAUGAUCACCCUCGACGAAUACGAGGAUGUGACCAGCAAGGCCGAGCUCGGAGCUCUGGACACCCUCAUCGAGGGCGUGGGCGAGGACAUGGAGCGCGCCCGACAGGUUUUCGAUUGGAUCCGCACUUUCAAGAAUCCAGCCUUCACCGUUAACCUGUUUGAAAAGCUGCCGUACAUGAAAGAUCUCAUUAACGACCCCAACUCCCUGCCGCCCAAGCUCAAGAGCAUGGCCGAGGGCCUGAACUCGCUUCAAAAGAAGACCUUCAUUGAGCUCCUCGCCAACCUUCCCUGCGGCGUUGGCAUUAUCCCUGGUGGCCCUGGCGGCGGCAAGACUUUUUUCAACAUGCUCAUCACCGCCAUGGCCCAGGCGGGCAUGAUCGAGUUUAUGGAUGAGGACGGCAACAAGAAGCAGCGCCGGCCCAAGAUUCUGUAUCUUCUCGACAUCAACCGCCCCGUCGAUGACACUACCGACAAGUGCGUCAAGAUAUCCGAAGACCUUGGCGAUGACAAGAAGAUUGUUCGCAUGUUUGGAUGGGGCCGCGAGUAUGACCAAGGCCUCAAGUCACGCAAGAAUGCGCACGGAGCAGCCACCAUAGCCGAGGCGGUCGCCGAAGCUACCCACGACGGAGUCCACAACGAAGCCAUUGCGGACAACUUCCUGCUCCAGGCACAGAUGGCUGCCAACGAAGCGGCAUCAUCCCAGACGAAGACGAUGUGCCGUGCCCCAACCCUCGACCAAGUUGCUUUCCAGCGAUUUGAAGAGAACAAGGCACAUUACGCGGAGCUUGACAAUCUCCUGCAGCAGUACCUGUCGGACCCCUGCUUCGACAAGAUGCGCCAGCUCCGUGAUGAGACGUACACCUUGUACCAAGACAGCCUGUACGAGGUCGACUUUUUGGCGUCGACUCCAGUUGCUGCGGUGAACCUGGCCGGGGGCAAGUAUCUGCCCGACAUCAUCCUCUUCGACGAAGCGUCGCAUGCCCGAGAGCUCGCGAACCUGAUCGCCAUCGCCCACUUCCAGCCCAUGGCGUGGAUAUUCACCGGCGACUUCCGACAGACUGGCUGCUACGUCGGAUCCAUGAACAAGAACCCGUGGGAGGUACAGAUGAGGAUAUCCAUGAUGGAGCGGGCGCACCACGCGGAUGCCAUCAAGCAUGAGCUUCUGAUGAAUCACCGUGCCUACGGCUGGCUCCACCAGAUGCCGUCGGCGGUCUUCUACAAGAACCGCAUGGUCUCGGGAAUCCCCAGGGAUGACAUGGUUCCCCAGUCCACCCUAUACCUGCGCAACUGGCUUGGACGCUUUACCUCCAACCACACGGUGUACGUCCCCCGGCUCGUUGUUCACCAGCUGGCGAAUCAGCCCGCUCUUCAAGUUGCCAAGAGUUGGUACCACCCGGGUCAUCAGGCUUGGGUCCUCGACCGCUGCAAGGAGUUGAUGAGCGACAAGAACUUCCGAUCUGUGGACGGAGAGUCGCCUGGAACAAUUCUCAUCAUCGCGCCCUAUCGCGAGGCUUUCUUGCGGUACAAGAAGGCGGUCAAGGAGCUCAUCGGCGCGCUCCACGAGCAGAUUCGAGAGGAGGUUCAUAACCGCCUGAGGUAUGCGAGAAGCAGCGACUCUGCUUACGACUCGGAAGACACUGGGAGCAUGAGCGAGUACAGUGUCGGGGAGGAGGAAGAGGCAGUGGCGAGGAUCCAAGAGGGCGUGAAGGCCUUGCCGAAGAUCGAGGCCAGGACCAUCGACAACGUUCAGGGCAACGAAGCGGACGUAGUGUUCAUCGACCUAGUUCGGGAUUGGCCCACACAGUUCCUCGAUGAUCCCAAGCGCCUCGCUGUCGCAACGACCCGAGCGCGCCAGGCCGAGAUCUACAUGAUGCCGACCAAGAUGGCGGGGCAGGUCGGCACGAAGACGACCUACCUGCGGCAGAUCUACGAGAGUUGCCGCAACAACUCUGAGGGACGCCGUGCGUGGGUCUAAGGCCCUGGGACCAAAGAAGCAGACGAAGGACUGUGAUGUUAGAUUGGAAUCCGGAAGUACAGAUUUUUUAUGAGGCGCAAUGUCCUAGAAGAUACCCCAAAAAGGCGUUUUACGGAAAGGAGUUGUUAGUUCUGGAUUCGGUUGUUUGUAAUAUAAUUGAAAGAAUUCCGCAGCAGAAAGUUGUUUUUUUUCCCUUACAUUGAAUCACGACACUAGAGA